AUGGUCACUGAUUGGUUUGUUGAUGCUUACAGUGAACAUGAGGAGGGUGGAAAAAGAGUGAAGUCAUCUAGAAGCGCAACUGAAAAUGAGAUACCGAAUCGGACAGACCCAGAUGAAAAUGCAGGCGUAUGCCAAGUGCUGGUGCAAUCGGCAACUGAAGACCUGGUGCCACCUGUUGAUGACUUCACCCUACUAGAGGAUGAAGAUGCAGUAAGAGAACAACAGGAGGAUGGAGAAAGAGAAAAGCUGUCUGGAAUCACUGCUGAUGAGGCGAGUACUUCGGACAGGGGAACAGACACCAUAAACCCAAAAGAGGGACUCGAGGCGCAGGUAGGCCCAAAAGAAGAUGUAGGUGUGGAGCCACUGCUGCCGCAGCUAUCAGUUGGGGCCCCCGAGUGUUCGGGUGCUGUCUCGUUACCACGUAUGGCUCCAGAUGAUUCUUCUUCACCAAGUGAGCAGCAGAAGGUUACAGAAGGAGAGAAGCUGCCUGGAAUUGCAGCAACUGAAGUGAGAAGCUUGGACAGGAGAAGAGACACCGUAAGGCCACAAGAAGGACACAGGAAAAAGCAACACCGUAAAGAAGAUGUAGGAGUAAAGCCACAGCGUCCCCUCCUGGAAGUCGCAGGCACCGAGAAAUCGGUUGCUGGCCCUUCCCCACUAAUGGCCGCAGAUCAUACGUCUUCACUGAGUGAGCAACACAAGGUUGAAGAAGGAGAAAUUCUGCCUGGAAUUGAUGCAAUUGAAGAGAUUAGUUUGGCCACGAGAAUAGACACCAGAAGCCCACGAGAGGCACACAAAAAGAAGCGAGACCGAAAAGAAGAUGUAGGUGUGAAGCCACAGCGUCCGCAGCUGGAAGUCGCGGCCCCCGAGAAAUCGGUAGCUGGACCUCCUACACUAAAGGAUGCAGAUCAUGCGUCCUCACAGAGUGAGCAACACAAGGUUGAAGAAGGAGAAAUUCUGCCUGGAAUUGAUGCAAUUGAAGAGAUUAGUUUGGCCGCGAGAAUAGACACCAGAAGCCCACGAGAGGCACGCAGAAAGAAGCGAGACCGAAAAGAAGAUGUAGGGGUGAAGCCACAGCGUCCGCAGCUGGAAGUCGCGGCCUCCGAGAAAUCGGUAGCUGGACCUUCUGCACUAAAGGAUGCAGAUCAUGCGUCCUCACUGAGUGAGCAACACAAGGUUGAAGAAGGAGAAAUUCUGCCUGGAAUUGAUGCAAUUGAAGAAAUUAGUUCGGCCACGAGAAUAGACACUAGAAGCCCACGAGAGGCACACAAAAAGAACCAAGACCGAAAAGAAGAUGUAGGGGUGAAGCCACAGAGUCCGCAGCUGGAAGUCGCGGCCCCCGAGAAAUCGGUAGCUGGACCUUCUACACUAAAGGAUGCAGAUCAUGCGUCCUCACUGAGUGAGCAACACAAGGUUGAAGAAGGAGAAAUUCUGCCUGGAAUUGAUGCAAUUGAAGAGAUUAGUUUGGCCGCGAGAAUAGACAACAGAAGCCCACGAGAGGCACACAGAAAGAAGCGAGACCGAAAAGAAGAUGUAGGGGUGAAGCCACAGCGUCCGCAGCUGGAAGUCGCGGCCCCCGAGAAAUCGGUAGCUGGACCUUCUACACUAAAGGAUGCAGAUCAUGCGUCCUCACUGAGUGAGCAACACAAGGUUGAAGAAGGAGAAAUUCUGCCUGGAAUUGAUGCAAUUGAAGAGAUUAGUUUGGCCGCGAGAAUAGACACCAGAAGCCCACGAGAGGCACACAGAAAGAAGCGAGACCGAAAAGAAGAUGUAGGGGUGAAGCCACAGCGUCCGCAGCUGGAAGUCGCGGCCUCCGAGAAAUCGGUAGCUGGACCUUCUACACUAAAGGAUGGAGAUCAUGCGUCCUCACUGAGUGAGCAACACAAGGUUGAAGAAGGAGAAAUUCUGCCUGGAAUUGAUGCAAUUGAAGAAAUUAGUUCGGCCACGAGAAUAGACACUAGAAGCCCACGAGAGGCACACAAAAAGAACCAAGACCGAAAAGAAGAUGUAGGGGUGAAGCCACAGCGUCCGCAGCUGGAUGUCGCGGCCCCCGAGAAAUCGGUAGCUGGACCUUCUACACUAAAGGAUGCAGAUCAUGCGUCCUCACUGAGUGAGCAACACAAGGUUGAAGAAGGAGAAAUUCUGCCUGGAAUUGAUGCAAUUGAAGAGAUUAGUUUGGCCUCGAGAAUAGACAACAGAAGCCCACGAGAGGCACACAGAAAGAAGCGAGACCGAAAAGAAGAUGUUGGGGUGAAGCCACAGCGUCCGCAGCUGGAAGUCGCGGCCUCCGAGAAAUCGGUAGCUGGACCUUCUACACUAAAGGAUGCAGAUCAUGCGUCCUCACUGAGUGAGCAACACAAGGUUGAAGAAGGAGAAAUUCUGCCUGGAAUUGAUGCAAUUGAAGAGAUUAGUUUGGCCGCGAGAAUAGACAACAGAAGCCCACGAGAGGCACACAGAAAGAAGCGAGACCGAAAAGAAGAUGUAGGGGUGAAGCCACAGCGUCCGCAGCUGGAAGUCGCGGCCUCCGAGAAAUCGGUAGCUGGACCUUCUACACUAAAGGAUGCAGAUCAUGCGUCCUCACUGAGUGAGCAACACAAGGUUGAAGAAGGAGAAAUUCUGCCUGGAAUUGAUGCAAUUGAAGAAAUUAGUUCGGCCACGAGAAUAGACACUAGAAGCCCACGAGAGGCACACAAAAAGAACCAAGACCGAAAAGAAGAUGUAGGGGUGAAGCCACAGCGUCCGCAGCUGGAUGUCGCGGCCCCCGAGAAAUCGGUAGCUGGACCUUCUACACUAAAGGAUGCAGAUCAUGCGUCCUCACUGAGUGAGCAACACAAGGUUGAAGAAGGAGAAAUUCUGCCUGGAAUUGAUGCAAUUGAAGAAAUUAGUUCGGCCACGAGAAUAGACACUAGAAGCCCACGAGAGGCACACAAAAAGAACCAAGACCGAAAAGAAGAUGUAGGGGUGAAGCCACAGCGUCCGCAGCUGGAUGUCGCGGCCCCCGAGAAAUCGGUAGCUGGACCUUCUACACUAAAGGAUGCAGAUCAUGCGUCCUCACUGAGUGAGCAACACAAGGUUGAAGAAGGAGAAAUUCUGCCUGGAAUUGAUGCAAUUGAAGAAAUUAGUUCGGCCACGAGAAUAGACACUAGAAGCCCACGAGAGGCACACAAAAAGAACCAAGACCGAAAAGAAGAUGUAGGGGUGAAGCCACAGCGUCCGCAGCUGGAUGUCGCGGCCCCCGAGAAAUCGGUAGCUGGACCUUCUACACUAAAGGAUGCAGAUCAUGCGUCCUCACUGAGUGAGCAACACAAGGUUGAAGAAGGAGAAAUUCUGCCUGGAAUUGAUGCAAUUGAAGAAAUUAGUUCGGCCACGAGAAUAGACACUAGAAGCCCACGAGAGGCACACAAAAAGAACCAAGACCGAAAAGAAGAUGUAGGGGUGAAGCCACAGCGUCCGCAGCUGGAUGUCGCGGCCCCCGAGAAAUCGGUAGCUGGACCUUCUACACUAAAGGAUGCAGAUCAUGCGUCCUCACUGAGUGAGCAACACAAGGUUGAAGAAGGAGAAAUUCUGCCUGGAAUUGAUGCAAUUGAAGAGAUUAGUUUGGCCGCGAGAAUAGACAACAGAAGCCCACGAGAGGCACACAGAAAGAAGCGAGACCGAAAAGAAGAUGUAGGGGUGAAGCCACAGCGUCCGCAGCUGGAAGUCGCGGCCUCCGAGAAAUCGGUAGCUGGACCUUCUACACUAAAGGAUGCAGAUCAUGCGUCCUCACUGAGUGAGCAACACAAGGUUGAAGAAGGAGAAAUUCUGCCUGGAAUUGAUGCAAUUGAAGAGAUUAGUUUGGCCGCGAGAAUAGACAACAGAAGCCCACGAGAGGCACACAGAAAGAAGCGAGACCGAAAAGAAGAUGUAGGGGUGAAGCCACAGCGUCCGCAGCUGGAAGUCGCGGCCUCCGAGAAAUCGGUAGCUGGACCUUCUACACUAAAGGAUGCAGAUCAUGCGUCCUCACUGAGUGAGCAACACAAGGUUGAAGAAGGAGAAAUUCUGCCUGGAAUUGAUGCAAUUGAAGAGAUUAGUUUGGCCGCGAGAAUAGACAACAGAAGCCCACGAGAGGCACACAGAAAGAAGCGAGACCGAAAAGAAGAUGUAGGGGUGAAGCCACAGCGUCCGCAGCUGGAAGUCGCGGCCUCCGAGAAAUCGGUAGCUGGACCUUCUACACUAAAGGAUGCAGAUCAUGCGUCCUCACUGAGUGAGCAACACAAGGUUGAAGAAGGAGAAAUUCUGCCUGGAAUUGAUGCAAUUGAAGAAAUUAGUUCGGCCACGAGAAUAGACACUAGAAGCCCACGAGAGGCACACAAAAAGAACCAAGACCGAAAAGAAGAUGUAGGGGUGAAGCCACAGCGUCCGCAGCUGGAUGUCGCGGCCCCCGAGAAAUCGGUAGCUGGACCUUCUACACUAAAGGAUGCAGAUCAUGCGUCCUCACUGAGUGAGCAACACAAGGUUGAAGAAGGAGAAAUUCUGCCUGGAAUUGAUGCAAUUGAAGAGAUUAGUUUGGCCGCGAAAAUAGACAACAGAAGCCCACGAGAGGCACACAGAAAGAAGCGAGACCGAAAAGAAGAUGUAGGGGUGAAGCCACAGCGUCCGCAGCUGGAAGUCGCGGCCUCCGAGAAAUCGGUAGCUGGACCUUCUACACUAAAGGAUGCAGAUCAUGCGUCCUCACUGAGUGAGCAACACAAGGUUGAAGAAGGAGAAAUUCUGCCUGGAAUUGAUGCAAUUGAAGAGAUUAGUUUGGCCGCGAGAAUAGACAACAGAAGCCCACGAGAGGCACACAGAAAGAAGCGAGACCGAAAAGAAGAUGUAGGGGUGAAGCCACAGCGUCCGCAGCUGGAAGUCGCGGCCUCCGAGAAAUCGGUAGCUGGACCUUCUACACUAAAGGAUGCAGAUCAUGCGUCCUCACUGAGUGAGCAACACAAGGUUGAAGAAGGAGAAAUUCUGCCUGGAAUUGAUGCAAUUGAAGAGAUUAGUUUGGCCGCGAGAAUAGACAACAGAAGCCCACGAGAGGCACACAGAAAGAAGCGAGACCGAAAAGAAGAUGUAGGGGUGAAGCCACAGCGUCCGCAGCUGGAAGUCGCGGCCUCCGAGAAAUCGGUAGCUGGACCUUCUACACUAAAGGAUGCAGAUCAUGCGUCCUCACUGAGUGAGCAACACAAGGUUGAAGAAGGAGAAAUUCUGCCUGGAAUUGAUGCAAUUGAAGAGAUUAGUUUGGCCGCGAGAAUAGACAACAGAAGCCCACGAGAGGCACACAGAAAGAAGCGAGACCGAAAAGAAGAUGUAGGGGUGAAGCCACAGCGUCCGCAGCUGGAAGUCGCGGCCUCCGAGAAAUCGGUAGCUGGACCUUCUACACUAAAGGAUGCAGAUCAUGCGUCCUCACUGAGUGAGCAACACAAGGUUGAAGAAGGAGAAAUUCUGCCUGGAAUUGAUGCAAUUGAAGAGAUUAGUUUGGCCGCGAGAAUAGACAACAGAAGCCCACGAGAGGCACACAGAAAGAAGCGAGACCGAAAAGAAGAUGUAGGGGUGAAGCCACAGCGUCCGCAGCUGGAAGUCGCGGCCUCCGAGAAAUCGGUAGCUGGACCUUCUACACUAAAGGAUGCAAUUCAUGCGUCCUCACUGAGUGAGCAACACAAGGUUGAAGAAGGAGAAAUUCUGCCUGGAAUUGAUGCAAUUGAAGAAAUUAGUUCGGCCACGAGAAUAGACACUAGAAGCCCACGAGAGGCACACAAAAAGAACCAAGACCGAAAAGAAGAUGUAGGGGUGAAGCCACAGCGUCCGCAGCUGGAAGUCGCGGCCCCCGAGAAAUCGGUAGCUGGACCUUCUACACUAAAGGAUGCAGAUCAUGCGUCCUCACUGAGUGAGCAACACAAGGUUGAAGAAGGAGAAAUUCUGCCUGGAAUUGAUGCAAUUGAAGAGAUUAGUUUGGCCGCGAGAAUAGACAACAGAAGCCCACGAGAGGCACACAGAAAGAAGCGAGACCGAAAAGAAGAUGUAGGGGUGAAGCCACAGCGUCCGCAGCUGGAAGUCGCGGCCUCCGAGAAAUCGGUAGCUGGACCUUCUACACUAAAGGAUGCAGAUCAUGCGUCCUCACUGAGUGAGCAACACAAGGUUGAAAAAGGAGAAAUUCUGCCUGGAAUUGAUGCAAUUGAAGAAAUUAGUUCGGCCACGAGAAUAGACACUAGAAGCCCACGAGAGGCACACAAAAAGAACCAAGACCGAAAAGAAGAUGUAGGGGUGAAGCCACAGCGUCCGCAGCUGGAUGUCGCGGCCCCCGAGAAAUCGGUAGCUGGACCUUCUACACUAAAGGAUGCAGAUCAUGCGUCCUCACUGAGUGAGCAACACAAGGUUGAAGAAGGAGAAAUUCUGCCUGGAAUUGAUGCAAUUGAAGAGAUUAGUUUGGCCGCGAGAAUAGACAACAGAAGCCCACGAGAGGCACACAGAAAGAAGCGAGACCGAAAAGAAGAUGUAGGGGUGAAGCCACAGCGUCCGCAGCUGGAAGUCGCGGCCUCCGAGAAAUCGGUAGCUGGACCUUCUACACUAAAGGAUGCAGAUCAUGCGUUCUCACUGAGUGAGCAACACAAGGUUGAAGAAGGAGAAAUUCUGCCUGGAAUUGAUGCAAUUGAAGAGAUUAGUUUGGCCAGGAGAAUAUACACCAGAAGCCCACGAGAGGCACACAAAAAGAAGCGAGACCGAAAAGAAGAUGUAGGUGUGAAGCCACAGCGUCCGCAGCUGGAAGUCGCGGCCCCCGUGAAAUUGGUAGCUGGACCUUCUACACUAAAGGGUGCAGAUCAUGCGUCCACACUGAGUGAGCAACACAAGGUUGAAGAAGGAGAAAUUCUGCCUGUAGUUGAUGCAAUUGAAGAGAUUAGUUUGGCCAGGAGAAUAUACACCAGAAGCCGACGAGAGGCACACAAAAAGAAGCGAGACCGAAAAGAAGAUGUAGGGGUGAAGCCACAGCGUCCGCAGCUGGAAGUCGCGGCCCCCGAGAAGUCGGUAGCUGGACCUUCUACACUAAAGGGUGCAGAUCAUGCGUCCUCACUGAGGGAAGUCACAGAACGGGUAGUGAAGAGGACUUUAUACAUUUCGCGCAUGGAGUUUAAAGACAUGCGGGGUGUGACAAAUUACGUCGGAAAUCUCCUCACUGGCUUUGGACUGCCUGCAACACAUCUUCAGUAUGAACCGCUGGUCGUGAACAGUGAUGAUGGAGAAUAA